CCUGCAAGAAAAUCAAACAGAAACAGCAACAACAUGGUAGCAAUUGGUAUUGACUUGGGCACAACCUAUUCCUGUGUUGGUGUCUUCCAACAUGGCAAAGUGGAGAUAAUUGCCAACGAUCAGGGCAAUCGCACAACACCCAGUUAUGUGGCAUUCACAGACACCGAGCGGCUGAUUGGUGAUGCCGCCAAGAACCAGGUGGCCAUGAACCCGAAAAACACAGUCUUCGAUGCCAAACGUUUGAUUGGUCGCAAAUAUGAUGAUCCUAAAAUAAUGGAAGAUAUCAAACACUGGCCAUUCAAGGUAGUCAGUGAUGGCGGUAAACCCAAAAUCUGUGUCGAAUUUAAGGGAGAACAAAAACGUUUCGCUCCCGAAGAAAUCAGUUCCAUGGUAUUGACAAAAAUGAAGGAGACCGCCGAGGCGUACUUGGGUAAAACAGUCAGCGAUGCAGUGAUCACAGUGCCAGCAUAUUUCAACGACUCACAAAGACAGGCGACCAAAGAUGCUGGCCGCAUUGCCGGUCUAAAUGUUUUGCGUAUUAUCAAUGAACCCACAGCUGCCGCCCUGGCCUAUGGCCUCGAUAAAAACCUGAAAGGAGAACGCAACGUGUUAAUCUUCGAUUUGGGUGGUGGCACCUUUGAUGUCUCCAUUCUAACCAUCGAUGAAGGUUCCCUGUUCGAGGUACGUUCCACGGCUGGUGAUACCCAUUUGGGUGGUGAAGAUUUCGAUAAUCGCCUGGUCAACCAUUUGGCCGAUGAAUUCAAACGCAAAUACAAAAAGGAUCUACGUUCUAAUCCCAGAGCCUUGCGCCGCCUAAGAACAGCUGCUGAACGGGCCAAACGCACACUCUCAUCCAGCACAGAGGCCACCAUUGAAAUUGAUGCCUUAUUCGAGGGUAUUGAUUUCUAUACCAAAAUCAGCCGAGCCCGUUUUGAGGAAUUGUGUGCCGAUCUCUUCCGCCAGACAUUGCAACCAGUCGAAAAGGCUCUCAACGAUGCCAAAAUGGACAAGAAUGAUAUCCACGAUAUUGUCUUGGUUGGUGGCUCAACACGCAUUCCAAAGGUACAAAAUCUGCUGCAGCAAUUCUUCUGUGGCAAGAGCCUCAACUUGUCCAUUAACCCAGAUGAAGCAGUGGCCUAUGGUGCUGCUAUUCAAGCUGCUAUCCUCAGUGGGGACAAGAGUAGUGAAAUUCAAGAUGUCCUACUGGUCGAUGUGGCUCCACUUUCGUUGGGCAUUGAAACUGCUGGUGGUGUAAUGGCGAAAAUCAUUGAACGCAACACCCGUAUUCCAUGCAAGCAGACCCAAACAUUUUCCACCUAUUCGGACAAUCAGACUGGUGUCACAAUUCAGGUGUUUGAAGGUGAACGUGUUAUGACUAAGGAUAACAAUCGAUUGGGUACCUUCGAUCUAUCCGGCAUACCACCAGCUCCACGUGGUGUACCCCAAAUUGAAGUGACAUUCGAUUUGGAUGCCAAUGGUAUUUUGAAUGUCUCCGCCAAGGAAAUGAGUUCCGGUAAUGCCAAGAAUAUCACCAUCAAAAAUGACAAGGGCCGCCUAUCGCAAGCUGAAAUCGAUAGAAUGGUUAACGAGGCUGAGAAAUAUGCUGCCGAAGAUGAGAAGCAACGCAAUAAGAUUGCUGCCCGUAACAAUUUGGAAAGUUAUGUGUUCGGUGUAAAACAGGCAUUGGAUCAGGCCGGCAGUGAUAAGAUAUCGGAACACGAAAAGAGCGAAGCGCUGCGGGCCUGUGAAGAUACCAUUAAAUGGCUGGAUGCCAAUACCUUGGCCGAAAAGGAGGAAUACGAAGAUAAAAUGAAAGAUCUGACAAAGAUUUGCACGCCCAUUAUGACGAAAUUACAUGGAGCUGGACCUUCGUGUGGCCAACAGGCUGGCGGUUUUGGUGGCGGCAGAAGUGGACCCACCGUUGAAGAAGUCGAUUAA